UUUCCGUACUAUUCCCUAGUCCCUAGUGUAUCUAGACGAUUAGCAAUGUUUGAUAGCAGUUCAUCGGAUGAAGAGGAGGCACUCCUCUUACUUUUAACGCAAAAUACUCCAACGAAACCUAAAAGAGUGUGGAUUCACGAAAUCAAUGGAAAAAGAGGGGAUCAUAGUGAAUAUCAUAACCUAUGCCGUGAACUUGAGUCUCACGAAGAUCGUUUUUACUGGUAUUUCCACAUGUCAAGAGAUUCUUUUGAAGAGUUACAUGAUUUAGUGAGACCUCAUAUAUUAAAAAAUGACACUAACUACAGGAAGGCUAUAGGAACCAGAGAAAGGCUAGCAGUUUGUUUAAGGUACAUAAGAACUGGUGACUCUUUUCUAACAAUUUCAUUUUCAUUCCGCAUUGGACGAAGCACUGUUUCUAUAAUAGUAGAAGAAGUAUCAAAAGCUAUUUGGGAAUGUUUACAACCUAUAUAUAUGCCUAGCCCUACUGAAGAGAUUUGGAAACAAUCGGAGUUGGGCUAUCGAGAGAUUUGGAACUUCCCAAACGCCCCUCUGCCUGGUACUACCGAACCAGUGCCACACGUUUUACUCGGCGAUGAAGGUUUUGCUCUGCAAACAUUCUUAAUGCGCCCAUUUCCCGGAGCAACAACUAUACAUGACCAAAGAAAACGAAGAUAUAAUUACAGGCUCUGUCGUGCACGUCGUGUCGUCGAAAACACAUUCGGAAUUUUAGCAGAAAAAUGGCGAAUUUUCCAUAGACCUAUGGAAUGCCAUAUUGAAAAAGCCAUUCACGUUACAAAGGCUGCAUGCUGCUUGCACAAUUUUGUUAGAAUUAAACACGGCGACAUGAUGCGAAUGCUUCCAAAUGAACCGACUUCGAGUCAAAACUUGCCCGAAAAUGCAGCAACGAGUCAAAACUUGGAAGGCGGUGCAUUAAUGCCUUUGCGUCGUACAAAUGCAAGGUCACCUAAUGCCGCAAUUGCAAUUAGGGAAAAAUUUGUCACCUAUUUUAAUCGAGAUACUCGAGAAUAAAAUUAUUGACGACGCACGCACAAAAUACACAAGACAAAAAGUAUAGCCUAAAACAAAACAUAGACUUACCUUCUAUUCCAAUUGCGACACCGAUCUGUUCCCAUAACAAGUUUUUAUACGUCGAAUUUUUAUAAUCUUUGUGUUUUUGAUUAUAAAUACAUUCGUAUUUGCGCACUACUUCAAUAAGUUUUUCUUUCAUUUCGCAAUCCAUUAU